GGCGCCCCCAUUUCUUGAUUAAAAUCAUUAAUAAAACUAUUUAAGAAGCAUUUUAGUUAAUUUAAGAAUAUUAAAAUGACCCAAACUCCGCUACAGCCAAACUACAUGAAAGUUUUCAUUCAAAGAGAUUACACAGAAGGAACUUCCGUUCAAUUUCAAACACGAUUUCCAACCGAGCUUGAAUCAAGAAUCGAUCGCGUAUCAUUUGAACGGACUAUAAAAAAAGUAAAUGAGUAUUUCAUCGAAGCUGAGAAAGGAAAUUGCAGUACUUUCUGUGAAGGAUUUUGUGCAUGUUUUUCUGCUUAUUUAAUUUAUUUAUUCACUGAGACACACUAUGAGAAGUGUCUUCGAAAAGUAUCGGCUUACAUUGCUAUGCAAAAUGAACUAGUUUACAACCCAGCUGGAUUAAACAUCACAGAUCCAGUACUUAGAGGUCUACGAGUUAUUGAAAUUUCCAUUGAUCGACCUCUUAACCGUACUUGACCAUUUUCACAUUCAACUGAAGAGUUUUUUAUGUAAAAAUAUGUUUAUUCUUAAUUUUAUUUGUCGUUUGUCGUAACAAAGGAAGUAUCUGUUCACCUACGCAACAUACACACAGAUGAUGAUUGACAAGUGAUAAGAUUUGAUAUCAAAACAAAACAAAAAAUAAUUAUAUUCAUGACGAAGCAAGAAAUAUUCAAGACAUUCAACAAAACACUUCCAAAAAAAGGAGAAUUAAAGUUGAUAUGGCAAUUUUCUCUUUGAUAAUUUGAUAUCUAAGCAAAAUUAUGAAAAUAUCAAAUUUCUAAUUAGAAGAAGCUUUUCAUGUCAACUUUAGUUUAGGACGAAAUUCCUAAUUAAUUUAUGUUCUUUUGUCUCAGUUGAUAUUUCUAUCUUUGUUUGAAUUACGCUAGUGAUAAUUUAAUUUUUUUAUGUCAAAUAUAUUAAUGAAAGAUUUUUAGAUUUACGUGAGUAUCGUCAUUGUUUCCUUGAAUAUUAUUUUACAUAAAUGUCUGGCUGGUUAAGUCACUUUUCAAAGAAGUUUAAUAACAUUCUUUUUAAAAAUAGAUCAUCUUUUAUUACUUAAGUUUGAUGAAAAACUGAAAUUUACCCUGAAUAAAAAAUUUAAUUAAUUAGUUCCAAACCAUUAAAAGA